UAAAUAUUUCAUUUCCCCUUAAAUACUUAACCUAUUUAUUCUCCAUUGAUUCCAACUGGCCGUUAGUUAACUUAUUUAUUUAAAUAUUUAGCUCAGCGCGCAUAUAAAUAUAUCAUAAAUAUCGUAUUUAAAUAUAUUCGCACCUCAGCCUCAAAACGAAGCAUCCAACCCCUUCACAACAUCUGAGUAAAUAUCACCGGGCAAACAGAUCAGCUCAUUCGCAACCAACUCUGCUUCAUGAUUAAUCGAUCUAAAUAUCUCUAAUUCCUCUACGUGCCAGUUGUUCUCAAUUCUCUUUGUUUGACCGUGGAGCCCGUUCCGCCAUCGUCAUUACACCUGCAUACCGAUCUAUCUAACAUCCAUCGACGCCCUCGCGUUUCUUACACUCCUCAUAUCCACUCCGCUUCAUAGCCAAUCGCAGUCAUGUCGCAAUACUUCUUCGAUCUUCUCUACACCUUCACAGACUGCAUGUGCUGUUUCCCCAACUCCCCGCAGCUCAAAAUUAACAACAGGAGUUUCAAGCUGUUGCGGUUGCUAGGAGAGGGCGGCUUCUCCUACGUCUACCUCGUUCAGGACAAAAACACCGCAGAGCUCUUCGCCCUCAAAAAGAUCCGCUGCCCCUUCGGCCAGGAAUCCGUCUCCCAAGCCCUCAAAGAAGUUGAAGCAUACACCCUCUUCUCCCCAAACAGAUACAUCAUCCACUCCAUCGACUACUGUGUCUCCACCGAAUCCGGCUCUAAAUUCCGCGCCGAUGGCGGUGACCCAGGCUCCAAGACCGUCUACAUUCUUCUCCCGUACUACCAGCGCGGCAACCUGCAAGAUGCCAUCAAUGCUAAUCUGGUCAACCACACCUCGUUCCCGGAGAAGAAGCUGAUGACCUUCAUGCUCGGCGUGGCCAAGGCGCUCAAGGCGAUGCAUCAAUAUCGCGUCAGAGGUGGUGCGGGUGCGGUGAAGAAAGCGAAGAUGGUUAGGAAUGAGGCAGACGCAGCGGAUGCGGACGCGGCGGCAUCUCGUGGACGGCCUGCAAGAAGAAACACUCGUCGCGAUAGCGAUGACACGGAACACGAGCCGUUGAUGGAUGGGGAGGUUACCAUUAGCCAGGAAGGGGUGGAUGAGGGUGGUUUCCGCCCAUAUGCGCACAGAGAUAUAAAGCCAGGAAACAUCAUGAUUGAUGACGACGGCCUAACCCCCAUCGUCAUGGACCUAGGCUCCCUCGCACCAAGCCCCAUCGCCAUUACCUCCCGCUCUCUCGCCCUCGCCGUCCAAGAUACAGCCGCCGAGCACUCCACAAUGCCCUACCGUGCCCCAGAACUCUUCGACGUGAAAACCGGCUCCAUCAUCGAUACCAAGGUCGACAUCUGGUCGCUAGGCUGCACCAUAUAUGCCUGUCUGGUGGGUAAAAGCCCCUUCGAGGCCCGUAGUGACGAGACCGGUGGUAGUUUGAGUAUGUGUGUGUUGGGUGGGGACUGGAGGUUUCCGGAUGAGGACCAAGACCAAGGGCCGAAGGGGAAGGGGAAAGGGGUUGUGGGCGUUGGCGCUGGCGCUGGCGCUGGGGAAAGCGAAGGGGAAGGGAGUGCUUCUGCUGCUGCUGCUACGGGCGGUUCACCGGGUAAAAAAGGGGGGAUUAGCGAGGCGUCAAAGGAGGUGGUGAGGAGGUGUUUGCAGGUUGAGCCGGCGGAUCGACCGGAUGUUGAUGAGUUGAUUGAGCUUUUGAAGGCGACUAUUGAGGAGUUGCCGGAUGAUGAAUGAGGUGGUUGUUGUGUUGGGGUUAUUUUUGUGUUUUGAGUCUUUUAUGUCCUUCUUCUCGUUUUGGUCUCCCCCAAUGAAGGAAGGGUUGUUGUUAUUUUGGCUCUGGUGCUCCUUUUUCCUUUCCUUUUUCUGAAGCGAAACCUUUCUGGGGAAUUUUCGCGAGUUCACGUUCUUUUGCUUGAUCAUUUUAGGGAGAUCUUCUUGAUGUCUUUUUGGCCUGUUAUGUUUUCCCGCUGUUUUCUUCCUUUCUUUUUCUUCCUUUCUCUUUCUUUCUUUCUUUUUUUUUUUUUAUCCAAAGCUUUUGGGACCGGUUAUGUGCUAGAUGUACGCUCCAACGAUUAUUUUGCCUUCUUUCCCUCCCUGUCUAUCUGCAUUGCUUGUUCAUCCUCUAUUUCUUUCUUUCUCUCUCAUCCCUCUUGUCUACAGAUGUUCACAUGUAUAUCUACUCUCGCAAUGUUCUCCUGGACGUCGCGGAUAUUAGACAGGCAACCAUCUAAAGCCCCGCAAAGCGGGACAAAAUAACUAUUUCUUUAUAAUUUAGAAGGGACAAGUAAGAUGCAGCGGAUUGUAGCUUGGAACGAAUUUUAUCGUAAUAUCAUGUAGCUCAUAAAUUUGACUUUCUAGUUUCUUAAGAUAUGUCGUCUGAGUUUAUGGAUGGGUUCUCCCAGACCCCCCUUUGUCCUUUCUUGAGAAGAGAUUUCU